AACCCGUUGAUGCAUUGAUUCAAGAAAGAGCUCAAAUGGAUGGCCCUCUAAUGGAUAUUAGGAAGGCUGAAUACGAUGCUCCAGCAGUGGAGAUGUUAAGGCAAUAUGUCGAUAAAACACUUGCAAAGGUUGAUGAGCUUGAGCAGAAAGUGAAUGAGGUGGAACAGUUCUAUUCGUCUUCAAAUAAAAAACAACCGAACAGUUCUAAAUGUGGCUCAGUUGUGAAGGAUAGGGAGAAACCAAUUCCUAGCAUCAAGAGGCAGCAACAAGAUGCAGCACGGAGAGAGGCGGCUAGUGCAAAAAGGAUGCAAGAGCUUAUGCGUCAAUUCUCCACAAUAUUGCGUCAGAUUACACAGCACAAAUGGGCAGGGCCCUUUCUGGAGCCUGUAGAUGUUGAAGGUCUUGGCCUACAUGACUACUAUGAGGUAAUUUCUUUCUCACGUAUCUUUUUUACUCUUUUCUCAGUAUUGUCUGCCUUAACAUCAGGUAGUCAAGGCAACAUGAGGAGUUACAUUGGCGGUAAGGCAACAUUAUCAUUGCUGAUGGCCAACUAUGCAAGCACCUGGACACCACAUGUGCACGUAAAUAACCUGGCUUGGGACCACCAGCAAACGUUGGCAGAGUUAUGCCUUACGAAGUCUAGUUUGUAAUUUUAAAAGAGCCUU